UCUUUGGGUCUGCUUAGAGGCACUGAAUGCUGAUUUGAAAAGUUGUUGGUCUGUUAUUAAAAAAAACAAAGAUCUGUUUUGUGGUUGAUGGAAUAUACAGAUGCAAUAUUGGGUAAACCUGGGAGAGAUCAGCCAGGUUUGUACUAGAAAAUUGAAAAUGUAACCUCCUUUACUUCUCUUAGCUCCUCUGUUCACAAUGCCCCCAGCAGCAGCAGGCUGUGCAUACAGUUUGUGCUCCAUGGAGGCUGUUCAGGGAGUAUCAGGGAGUAUUUGCAUUAGCCUGGGAACACAAUCAGAAGCCAUUGGCCUGCAACCUGGACUGCUGAGGAGCUCACCUCACACAAAGGGUGAUCAGUUUAACUGCUUGCGGUGAGCCUUUGAGCUCUCUUGUAGCAGGCACGUCUGAGCUGUGUGUUCUCUUUGCUGACUCCAGCACCUUUGAAGCUGACUGAGCUCUCAUUCUUAGAUUUGUAUCUCCUUCUGCAGCCUUGAGAGGGAGGCACCUAGUGAAACAAAAGUCAUCCUUUCAGUCUCUUUAAGGUAGGUGCUUAGGAGAGAGCUCUUUGAGUCUGGAUUCAAACUUUCCAACCUGUCUGCUUCCCACUUGUGACAUUACGUAGGGCUUGUAGAAAGACUCAGAGGAAGUAUCUGGGAGGUGAAGGAAACUUCAACAGUUCAAAUCUGUCUCUUACGCUUCCCCAGAGAAGGUCUUAAGUGAUAGGCUGGGCGGGGUGAAGGUCUGUGUCUGCCAUACCAAGCUGUGCUUGGGGAAAGCAUGCUGUCUGUUUGGCCAAUGGCGUUCAGCUGUUGGUUCUAGCUAUAUCUUGGGGGCCUGGAGGACUCUUGUUUUAAACUAAUUUAUGUUUAAUGUAAAAGCUAUUAACAGUGUGGCUGAGAACUUGCCUGAGGUCAAGCCUCCUUCCCAUCAUCAGAUUGUUUCCUGGUUAGCAGCCUUUGUGAAGGAGUUUUUGUGUGGUGAUCCCUCUGCUAGCAUUCUGUGCUUCAAACAAGACUGUUUAACUGAAGACAGACCAAAGUACCAGCUGAUACACUGAAGAUCCUGCAGGAGAUUUCCUCUCUUGUUCAAGCUUCAAUCAUGACUUCUGCAGAAACUUUGGUGCUGUGAAUUUCACUAACCCUGCUGAGAAGCAAGGAGAAGGAAACGAGGCUGCUUCUCUUGCUAGCUGUGCUUUGUGGUGGAGCAAACAGCAGCAUUGUGCUGCAGAAAAUGUAUGGGAGGAUCACAUCUCCUGACUUCCCCAAUAACUACCCAAAUCACAAGGAGAGAACAUGGAAUGUUACCGUCCCCAAAGGAUAUGCUGUCCGCAUCUACUUCACCCACUUCAACCUGGAGCUGUCCUACCAGUGUGAAUACGAUUACGUGAAGCUGAGCUCCAGUGGGAAGACCUUGGCUACGCUAUGCGGACAGGAUAGUACUGACACUGAGGAGGCUCCAGGCAACAAAACAUACAUCUCUAUUGACAACACCCUCACGGUUGUAUUUCGAUCUGACUACUCCAAUGAGAAGCCAUUCACAGGCUUUGAGGCCUUCUAUGCUGCUGAAGAUAUUGAUGAGUGCAAACAGCUGUUUGAUGGUGAACCCCUCUGCAAUCAUCACUGUCACAACUAUGUCGGGGGCUACUAUUGCAGCUGUCGGAUUGGCUACGUGCUGCAUGAAAACAAGAGGACAUGCACAGCCCAGUGUCAGAACCAGAUUUUUACUCAAAGAACUGGAGAAAUUGCCAGCCCCGACUAUCCAGCACCUUAUCCCCCACUCAGCACCUGCAGCUACAACAUCCAGGUAGAAGAUGGCUUCCUGAUCACACUGGAAUUCGUAGAGACCUUUAAUGUGGAGACACACCCAGAGGUGCUGUGCCCCUACGAUGUACUCAAGAUGGAAACACCCAAAAAACAGUUUGGCCCAUUCUGUGGGAAGACUUUGCCUGCAAAAAUUGAGACACAGACUAAUGUUGUAAAUAUUACUUUCAUAACCGACGUGUCAGGAGCACACACCGGAUGGAAGGUGAAAUACACAGCAGUAGGUUUGCCGUGCCCCAGUCCUGAAGCACCACCCUAUGGCCGCAUCGCACCGGUGCAGGCACAGUACACCGUGGGUGACCACUAUGCGCUCUCUUGCGACGUUGGAUAUGUGCUACUUGAAAAUGAAAAUGUUGUGAUGUCUUUUGUAGCGGAAUGUGAAAAGAAUGCUUCUUGGAACAAACCCAUGGCAAAGUGCAUCAUUGUUGACUGCGGCCAGCCUGAGGACAUAGACAGCGGUGCCAUUCUGUACCUCACCGGGCCUGAGAAGACAACCUACAGUGCUGCCAUUCAGUACCAGUGUGCAGCCCCCUUCUACACCAUGAAGGCUAACAGCAGCGGUGCAGGUAAAUAUAUAUGCAGCGAUGAUGGAUUCUGGAAGAACACCGAGGGAGAAAUAACACUGCCUGUCUGUGAACCAGUUUGUGGGAUGCAGAGAAUGAGAGCUUUAGAACGUAUUUAUGGAGGAAGGAGAGCCAACCCUGGACAAUUUCCAUGGCAAGUGAUGUUAAUUACUGAGCAUGGAGAAUUAGGAAGUGGUUCACUUUUAUAUGACAGCUGGGUUUUAACAGCUGCUCAUGUUGUAGCUGAGCAAAGAAAUCCCUCAACUUUGAGGAUUAAAUUGGGGAUUUUGAACAGAUAUUCAGUUCACUAUGAGGAAGUCCAUGCAGUAAAAAUUUUUAUUCAUGAAGGUUACAAGAAUGAUCUUGUCAAUUUUGACAAUGAUAUUGCAUUGAUUAAAUUGGAACGUAAAGUCCCAAUGAGUACCACUAUCUCACCCAUUUGUUUACCUGGAAAAGAAGAAUUUCAGAUAAAAGCCAAUGACACAGUAACUGUAGCAGGUUGGGGAAGAACUGAGACCAGGAGCUCUUCUGUGGUACUGCUGUACACUGAAUUGAUGAUUAUCAACCAGAAAGAGUGUGCGGAUGCAUACGCAAAUAAAUCACACAACGGCAACCCUCUGGUGAUAACAGAAAACAUGCUGUGUGCUGGAGCUGAGGAAGGGGGCAGAGAUGCCUGCCAUGGGGACAGCGGAGGGCCACUUGUGGUCUUGGAUGCUCAGACCAGAAAAUGGUUUGUUAUUGGUAUUGUGUCCUGGGCUUUAGACUGUGCUGUGGCAGGGCAGUAUGGGGUCUAUACAAGAGUAAUGAACUAUAUGCCUUGGAUUGAAAGCACCAUUACAAAUAAUUCUUAGUAGACUUUUAUUGCUAAUUCCUACCAGCUUUUCACUGGUUCUUGGAUUACAUUGCUGGCUAGACUAUUUUAAUACUUCAAAAACAACAUAAAAUCCAACAUGUUUAUUAUUAAGCUUAACUGUUCUUUUCUUUAAAACAAAAAAAAAACCAAACCAAAACUAAACACUUCAGCAUCCAAACAAUUUUCAUUUUUGUCUUGUCCCAGAAAUUGUUAAAAGUCCAUUAAGCAUAUGACAAUCCUGUAAAUUUAAAUAAACUUGAGGCUUUGAAUUUACUCUUUAAAAACUUGGUUAAUAAAAUCUAUUUUGUUUUCUUUUAAAUAGCUUUGUGGAUUCUUGUAGGACUGCAGCAUUACCAGCUAGCGUUUGACUGAACACGUCCAGAGAAAGCAGGCAGAGCAACAUCAAGGUACCUUAAACCACCUGUAGUGUACGGGUAGUUGAAGAGUCCCAAUAGCACAAGCAACCCAACAUACCUGGGGAGCACACAUACAGAGAAACCCCUCUCAGGCUUCCUAGGUGACUGCUGUACUGAGGUACAGGUACAGCUGCACAACCAUUACCUUAAAGGUCUUCGUGCUGUCAGCUGCAAAAACCAUUUCUCUGAAUACAGCUUUAUAACAGAACAAGCUUUCACAUUCAAAUAUAUAAAAUACAUAGUAUCAGUACUGACAAGAACUAACUGGGAGUAGUGUUACACUUUUUCUACAGUAACUGGUUUUUACCAAGCAUGCCCAAAUCGUAUAUCCUCUUCUGAUUAUGUAAAGCUAGUCUCUUUUAUCUCACAUUCUCUUCUUAGUUCAAUUAUUCUAGAAAGUGGAAUACUGAACAUGGAAUCUUCUUUAAAAAAAAAAACAAGACUGAACACUUCAAUAUGUAAUCAAUAGUAUUUUAUUUACUCACUUAUAAACACUAGAGUAUGCAAAGCAGUUAGAAAAUAUCACUAAAGCUCUUCAAGAACCUUCAAGGAUUUUGUUUGAGGGUCAGGAAAGUCUGAAAUUAUUAGGGGACUACUCAAUACUGCCAACCCACCUCUUAAAGCCUAAACCUGGGCUUAAGACAAUUAAAAAAAAAAAAAAGAAAGCCAUGCUUAUCACAAAAACUUACCAUAAAGUUCCUUGCAGGGAUGUCACAGUUAGUCUUUGGAGGUCCAAGAAUACCAUUUUUAAGUGUUACUCAGCAGAAGUAGCUGGUAAUAGUGCAAGUGCUAAAAUGCAAAAUUCACAAUGGUACAGAGUUUGGAUAUUAUUCUGACUUAGGUGCAGAAAAAAAAAGAUUUAAGUAACUUUUUGCAGUGGGAUAUGAACAAGCACAGGAUUAGUUUUCAGCCUGUUUGUUUGCAACCUGUCUUCAAACCCCUUAAGGUAUACAUUAAGACCUAGCUGAUUUAGUAUUGCAACUCAAAUGGAAAACUAACAGUAGUGCAGCUGUUUAGAUGGUCUGCUAUUCACAAGCGUUGAUACUCAGUAAUUGAGUUCUAACUCAAAAAAAAUCAAUUACAAACAGUGUUAACAUCCACGCUCCAAAGCUGCAUAGCUAUAGCAUAGUGGUACAUUGUGUAAAAACACAGAACAAGCUUUUUUAGUGGGUUGCAAGGGCAAAUAGCUUCAACAAUUCCUCAAGUUCCUACCACCAGAGGAAAUAAUCUUCCAGCCAUUUGCACUGAAAGAUCCUGCUUUUUGUUAAGCAGCUGCCUUUUACUUGGCUCUCUGCACCUGUAGUAAAUCCAUUUUUUUUUUCAGGUAAAACUUCUGUCAAAGUUAUGUACAUUUACUAAUGCUUUAUUUAGCUAGAAAGUCUUUUCUGUGACUAAUUUUGAGUUUAUAGUCUUUUUCUGAGCCAGAAGUGUUGCAGAGCCCUACUUCCCACUGGUGGACUGCUCUAAAAAUACAUCCCCACAGGAUGUGGACGUCACCACAUCUGACAGUGUUUGUCUCUCCUCUCUCACACUUCUGAUAAGAGCCCCUACUCCUAAAAAUAGAAGUAACUUUCCUUGGUACAGAUGCAACGUGGAGGGAACUGCUUACCAUUCUAGGUGCAGACACCCAAACUUGGGGGAACUGCAUUUUAAAUAUCUACGUAUCACUGCACAGUGCAAAAAUGCAGUGGGUUAAGUUGGGUGUCGUGCAGUGAUACGUAGCGGCUCCGUUUGACUUGCCAACUUUUAGAGCAUGCUUAUCUGAAACAAACUGAAUUGCUGCAAACAAAACUUUACAGAAGUUCAUCUCAAAAGGGUAAAGUUAAUUAACUGCUAUGAAUUCUUUGCAUUCAGGGCUGCAAAACAAAGACACAUAUUACUUAAAUCAGUUUUAUUUAAGAAUUUCCUACAGUGACAAAUCUUAUAAAAAGCAUCCAAACACGGAACUGCAGCAAACAGCAUUCUUAUGGUAUCUUACACAGCAGAGCUUCCACCCUCAAGAGGCACACUGAGCUCACCAGUGAUGCGCUGCAAGAGCUACUGCAAAGCACAUCACAAGCCCAAUGGUCUCAUCGCAAACCCCACCAUCUUCAAUUCACAUUGCCACACUUACAGAUCAUUAACAGAAAAAAAAAACAACACACACCAUACAGCAUUCACAGCAGUUGACAUAAGGGAAAAAAAAUACAAAUAUUCUUUUCACAUAAACACAUUCAGCUAAUUGAUUAACUAGGUAUAAAACCCACUUAAAGUCUUCCACGUAUGGAUGUCCUUUGAAUGCAAUAAACACUCGUACUUUAUUUGCUAUCAUUGCGCUCUGCACACUCUCUCACCAAAGCCACAGGAUUGAGAGACAUCUCGCCAAGUAAAAUAAAAUCCCAUAAUGCACCACCAGGUCUCCGCAUGCGCUCUCUUUUUUCUCGCUCAUACCAGCCCUCUCAUGCCUCGGCACCACCAUCAAUCCCACACAAGGUUUCAAAAGUUCAAACAGCCUUCUGGUUCCAUCUCACAGCCUUGCGUUCAUAGCGUUGAUACGACUCCAUGAAAUAAAGAGUAGCGGAUAAAAAUGGAACACCCACCGUCUAAGACGCAGCAUGUGCAGUGUGAUGAAGUAUUCUUGGAUGAGAAAGCAUGUAGACAGAAGUAUUCCUAAGGCAGAAUAUUUACAGCACUGCUUUCAAUGAAGUGCUUCUUCCAUACACAUUUGAAAUGAGAUGAACUGCGGAGAUUAAAUGAAGCCUUCAUAUCGUACUUUAGUAUGGAGGGGAGACAGUGUUAAAAAAGAAAAACAACAACAAAAGAACCAAACAGAACAGAAAAACGACACUGCGUUCUCCAGUUGGGGCACUUGGAGAUUCUUAUGGUGGGAUCAAAUUAAAAACAAGAGGGAGAGAAUGCUGUUUCUGACCAAUGGUUUCCAUUUUGAACAUGCAAAGAAUUCAGGUAGCCAGGAAACGAGGGGUAAAGUACUACAGGAGAACCCUUUCCUAUUGAUUGUAGUGUUAGUUUACCUAUCAGGCAAACAGCAGUCCACUUCCAAACA